UUCUGGACCCUUGUACACAGGCUCUGCUCGGAGUAAAGCAGGAGAACGCAGUGGAAAGUAUCUAGUAGUUAGUGAGUAGGACAUCCUAUGUAUGUGUUGCCCGGAGAAACGUGAGAAUGGCAGAUGACAAGGAUGUAUUGCGUGAUGUCUGGUUCGGGAGGAUUCCAACAUGUUUCACCCUGUACCAGGACGAGGUCACCGAGAGGGAGGCUGAGCCCUUUUAUCUUCUCCUGCCAAGGGUAAGCUAUUUAACCCUCGUCACAGACAAAGUGAAGAAGCACUUUCUGAAAGUGAUGAAGCAAGAGGAUGUCGAGGAGAUGUGGUUUGAAUACGAGGGAACACCUUUGAAAUGGCAUUACCCUAUUGGAGUGUUGUUUGAUCUACAUGCAUCGAACACUGCCCUACCCUGGAACGUCACUGUGCACUUUAAGAGUUUCCCCGAGCGGGACCUGCUUCACUGCCCAUCCAAUUCUGUGAUCGAAGCCCACUUCAUGUCCGGCAUCAAGGAGGCGGAUGCACUCAAGCACAAGGGCCAGGUGAUCAACGACAUGCAAAAGAAAGACCACAAGCAGCUGUGGAUGGGCCUUCAGAAUGAUAAAUUUGACCAGUUCUGGGCCAUGAAUCGAAAGCUGAUGGAAUAUCCAACUGAGGAAGGAGGCUUCCGGUACAUACCUUUCAGGAUAUACCAGGCCAUGAGCGAGAGGCCUUUCAUUCAGAAGCUCUUCCGGCCAGUGUCCUCCGAGGGUCAGCCCUACACACUGGGAGACCUUCUGAAGGAGACGUGUCCCUCUGCCAUACCCCAGGACGAUGAGCCAAAGCGAUAUCAGGUGGUGAUCCACGGCAUCGAGCCCAUGCUGGAGACGCCCGUCCAGUGGCUGAGCGAGCACCUGAGUCACCCGGACAACUUCCUCCACAUCAGCAUCCUCCCGGUGCCCAGCGACUGAGAGGCCGGCGUGGGAAACCCCCCCCUGGGAGUGACCGAGAGAGAGAGGGAGAGAGAGGGAGAGGGAGAGGGGGCAUCAUCGCCUUGUUUGCCUGAUGACCAGGGGUUGUUUGGACGGAGCCGCCGUGUUUGGUCUCUCUCGGGCGGAGGGCGAAGCCGUGACAGGUCUCUGAUGGGGGGGGUGGGUGGCAUCAGCGAGCGUGAGGACUCAGUGUGAGAUCACCCGCUCUCCACCUCACAAGCAGCACUUUGAAAAACUUUUCCUCUCUCUCUCUCUCUCUCUCUAUCCCUCUCUCCCUACCCCCCCCCCCCCCCCCUUCUUCUUUUUUCUCACAUCUCUGCGUCACGACGUCGUUGACUCCUUCUCUGCAUCCCCUGGUUGAAGAGGGCGAGGCCACGCCGACUCCCUCCCUCCCUCCCAGCCAGCAGAAGAGAGGCAGAGGGUGCUAUCGGACGGGACGAGCUCCACUCCUCCCUGGUGCAGCUCCUGUGCUGCUCCUCCUCCAGCCCUCCUCUUCCUGGGGUCAGCUGGAAGGGCAGGGCUGCGAAGGAAGACUUGUGGAAAGACUUUACAACAAAAAAAAAGAGACUGCUUUCAGUACUGCUGUGCUGCCUAACCUCUGUGCUGUCUCUCCCUCCUUCUCCCGGCCGCACUCCUGACAGACACACAGACAGACAGACAGACAGACAGACAGCCUCAGACAAGUGGGAUUCCCCAUUAAUGUUGCCUUAGUGUCUUGAUUCCCACUCCACAUAUGCACACACACACACACACACACACAGACAGAUGCAGUUCCACAGCGGACAACACAAAGCUUUCUCUGACUAAGUGUGGUCACGCUUGUCUCUUUUUUUCUUUUUUCUUUUUUUUGUACUUUUUUUAAAACUUUUUUUUUCUCAUUUUUCUCCCGUUCUUUUCCCUUGCCCACAGCAAAGAGAAGUUAUCUCACUUAUCUGCCACAGCACACACACACACACUCUCUCUCUCUCUCUGUUUCUCUCUCUCUCUCUCUUCUCUUCUCUUCUGACUUCUCCUCUCUAAUUUGAGUGUAAUUUACUUCCCGGUCGCCUCAGAUCUCCUCUCUCAGAUCGCUGUUAAUUAUCUGUCGGAAUCCUGUUUGUCGUUAAACGCGACCGCUAAACUGAGGCGCUCGCUGCCAAAUCCUGACGGGGGGUUGAUUAGAGGCAUCACUCAUAGUCCUGCCAUGGGGGGGGCGGGGGGGGGUGGCGUGGCGAGAGAGGUGUGAAAAGUUGGAAUGGAAUUCGCCCGUGUCUGUGUCGGCGCCUCUCAUGUCAUGGGUAGACACACACACACAUGCACGCACAAACACACACACACACACACGCGUGCCCGAAGUCGAUUCAAGCUGAAGGGGAUUUUUUUUAUUUUAGGACCCCUGAGCUUGGUGGUGAUGUCACAACCAUCUCCACAUGGCACACAUGACUUCCUCUGCGUGUACGUGUGAGUCAGUGUGU